AUGCCAAAUCGACGUCCACCAAAACGCAAGCCUCCUCGCAGACCUCCCAACCCACGAAAGAUGAACGAGAUCAUCAUCAACCACUUGAAAGAUUGGGCCGCUGAGACUGCUCCAAUCUUUUAUAAAGACGCGGUGUUCAUACCUAAUCGCUCGUGCAUCCUGACAGAUGAAGACUGUGCCUUUUUUGCGGCAUAUAUCCAAAAUGCCACCCCUAUGGAGCGUGAAGCUCUCCAGGCAACGGAUCUCCGGACGACGUUGGAAACAUGGGGUUUCCCGGAUGAGAUUUCAGAGGGUCUUGUGACUGUCUUGAAGAAUGCAUAUAAGACAGCGUUGAAAGAAAGUACUCCAAAAAAGAGGAAGAAGCGUGUGUACUAG